AUGCUUCUCGCAGUCAACGCGGCUGUUCGACCUAGCUAUCGCCACCUGUUCCCCACACAGCUUGUCUUCGCACGCCCCUUCUCCCUCAGUACUCCAGCUCGUGGCCCAACACCCACCGCAAUCAAGAUGGACGCAAAAGUGGCAUCCAAUGAUGCGACCAAGACGGCGAUCACUUCUCACAACCAGUACAAAACAGAUGGCUUGGAACGAGACGAGCUCUCUCCGAGCCCGAUCGUGCAGUUCAACAACUGGUUUAAACAUGCCAACGAAAAUGGUGUGCCCGAACCCGAAGCCAUGACCAUCUCGACCGUCGCUCUCACCAAUGGAAUCCCACGACCUUCGUCUCGCGUAGUGCUGCUCAAGCAGGUGGACGAGCAGGGUUUCCUAUUCUUCAGCAACUACAGCUCUCGUAAGGGUCGAGAGUUGGAGGCGAAUCCGUACGCUUCGCUUGCGUUCUACUGGAAAGAGCUGUCAAGGUCGGUGCGAGUCUGCGGUCGUGUGGAGAGGCUCAGCAAGGAAGAAUCGAAAUCGUACUAUGACUCGCGACCACUGGGCAGUCGUAUCGGAGCCUGGGCAAGUCCUCAAUCGACAACUAUCGAAUCGAGAAAGGAACUCGAGCAAAAAGUCAAAGCGGUAGAAGACAAAUUCGACGUUCCCGGUGCAGCAGGCUUGGACCCAGCUAACAAGUGGCAAGGAGACGAAAAGAGCGUAGACGUGCCGCUGCCGGAUUUCUGGGGUGGAUAUCGGAUCGUUCCAGACGAGAUCGAGUUCUGGUGUGGUAGACCGAACAGGUUGCACGACAGGUUCAGAUAUACUAGGGGCAUUGAAAGCAAGAUGGCCGCUAACGAGGACAAGUGGACGAUCGACCGCUUGGCUCCUUAG